AUGCGGGCGCCGUGUGGAGCGGAGAUGCUCCACUCGAGGCCUUGUCUCGCUUCCGCCGCCUCUUCGAUCCGUGUGCUCUCCUUGGCCUUCUCUUCUCCUUCCUCUUCCUCUUCCUCCUCCUCCUGCUCCUCCUUUCCCGUGGCCCCAUCUCGUCUCAGAACCAGGCGCUUCUGCUCGUUCAGGCCUCUGUCCUCCCUCAGGGAAACCAAGAAGCAGACGCUCCAAAAGAUCCCGAACGCCCCUCAGAACCUCAGAUUCGAGAGCUCGAGCAAGAGGAAUGGGGAGGAUGGGGUCCCGCCGGAGGGGGACGAGGAGGUGUUGGGAGGGGACGGCGCCGUAAAGGGGACAGUCUUAGCUGGACUGCUGCUUCUUGGAGUCGUUGGGGGCUUCGGCGCCGUGGGAUACGUAUACAAGGAACAGAUCAACGUUUUUCUCACCCAGUUCUCCGGUUUCAUUGAAGGUCUGUCCAAGUAAGAGGUUUCAAGAUCUCCCCUAGAAUUGGAUGCACAUUCUGUCGAAUCAACUGAAAUUUACCACCUCUAUAAUAUUUUUACACGAUACAAAUUUUUCCCUCUGUCUGUUUGCGAGUUAGGGUUUAUAUGCUAGAACUACAGUGCCAUAGUCUACAUCGUUCUCUACAUCCAACGUCAUCUUAUUCAAUUGCAAAGACGAAAUGGGAGAAUAUCCACAGGGGAAGGGUCUGAUCGUUAUGAUUCCGGCAGCCAAGGAGAUAAUGGGGAAUCAGUUGUGAUAAACUUGUGUCAUUGUUACUCGAUCACGGGCAGAACAGUCUGUGCCGACUAAACAGUUGCGUCAUUCUUCUCUCACACCAUUGUUCUAACCGAUCCUUUUUCUCUCUGGGUUUACUGUCUUGUGUGUCGCCUGAAGCGGGUAAAAUCAGAACCCGGUGCCUUUAGAUUUCCCUCCUGAGUAUGAUGGUUUUGUGAGAUUUAGAAACAGCGGGGGCUCUAUGCGACUGGUCCGCAGCUAUCUCGCGGACCUUCAUUCUUUUGCCUUUGUUUCAGUUUGUUCAACAUUUGGCUAUACUUCUUCAACUCUCCUUCAUGGUGGCUCUCUUCUGAGAGCAGCAAUGUGUGUGAGAGAGAGUGAAUUUCGAACAAGUUAAUGGUUUUUUAAUAUAGUCUGCAGCAAACCUUGUAGAGGAAUGAAGUGAAGAAAAUCAAGUGGAUAGGUACUGAUUUGUUCGGAAUUGUUGGUAGUAUAGAUCGACUCUCCUCCGUUUCAUAUAGACUCUUUCGAAGCUUUCUAUUAGCCCGCAAAACUAUCCAAAAUUUCCAAAUCUAAUAUUCAUCAGAGAUUGAAACUGUGAAAAACCUAUAGACCCCAUGGCCAAGACAAAGAUGGGGUCCCACGGAUGCCGGCAGACAAGGUUAUCUUGUAUUAUUUUAGGUUUGCAGAAUUUAAACGUGAAACGAUCCAAAAGUUUUCUGUUUGCGUUUAUCUCUAGUUCUCCUCAUUUCUCAUGAUUGAUUUUAUACUGCCGCGCCUUUGAGGAAACAUAUGGGCUCACUGUAACUUUUUCUGGACGGAUAGGUUAUGGACCUGCAGGUUAUGCUUUAUUUGUUGCUGUCUAUGCCGGAUUGGAGGCGAGUUCAGAUCAGAACUUACUUUUGUUUUCUAUUUCUGGGUUUCUUUCAUGCCUGAUCCUGAGUUCUGACUUACAACUAACUGUUGUUGACUUUUAUAGAUUCUUGCCAUCCCUGCUAUUCCGUUAACAAUGUCUGCGGGUCUUCUCUUUGGAAGCUUCAUUGGCACAAUCAUUGUUUCCAUCAGUGGAACAGUAAGAUGAUCUUAUAACCUACAUCAAUGAGAUAAAUCCCACGCUUGAGGACUUUACAGUGUUUUAUCCUCUUCUGUAGGUAGCAGCAGCAGGUGCAUUUCUCAUUGCUAGAUACUUUGCGCGUGAUCGAAUUCUGAAAUUGGUCGAAGGGAACAAGAAAUUUCUAGCCAUUGAUAAGGCAAUUGGGGAGAAUGGUUUUAGAGUUGUUACACUUCUGCGUUUAAGUCCGCUGCUACCCUUCUCUCUUGGAAACUAUUUGUAUGGACUGACUUCGGUGAAGUUUGUGCCCUAUGUUUUGGGAAGGUUAGUUUAUGAUACUUCUACCCGUCAUGCUCUAAAUGGUAAAAAAAAAAUCCUCUUUUUGUGGGUUCUUCUCUUGUUCAUAUGAGGCUCAUCUGUGUCAUACCAUUUGGAGAAAUAUGGCACAGAAGUGUACAUGCUGUCCUAUCCGGUUUGAACAUAAAUCCUCUCAUUAGUUGAAUCUGGAAAAUGCUUGUCUCUUCAAAGCAACCAAACCAAGAUAAUUUUCCGCCAGCCUUGUUGGUGUUCUUGACAUUCUUUUUGCAUCCUUUGAACUGCGCUAGAAUCCUGAGAUUGCCUGCAAUUUGGCCCAUGUGAGCUCCUACUAAGGUCAGAUUGUUUGGGGAGUCCAAAAUUAGGGUUUACUCCCUGGCCUAACGGCUUCCCCACUAAUCUUCCUAUCCUUAAAUAUUUCUCAUAGUUGAGUGUUAGCCUCUCUAGCUUGUGGAUAAGUGGAAUGUCUUAUUGUUGCAGCUGGCUUGGGAUGUUGCCAGGGACAUGGGCCUACGUUAGUGCUGGUGCAUUCGGCCGAGCAAUCAUUGUAAGUUGCUGGCACGGAAUUAUUACUAACGCAGAAUUUUGACAAUUUGGUCUCCAUUUUAUGCUUUAUUCGGGGUGCUUUUUUUUUUUUUUAAUGUAUUCUUAACUUAUCUAUGGUUGUUUUAUGAUUUCCUCUUUGGCUCUCUCUCUCUCUCUCUCUCUCUCUCUGUAGCAAGAAGAAUCAGAGGCAGGAUUACUCGGUGGCAGCGGGCAAUUGCUCACUCUGGGUCUUGGUCUCCUUGCAACGGCUCUAGCUGCUGCGUAUGUCACACGGUUGGCAAAGGUAUCAAGCCCUUAUCUAUCAUCUUUGAAAAAUUUCCUUAUAUUAGAAACAAAAGAGAGGUUCUUGCAUCAGAAUGGAGCCCACUUGAACGUAUGCUUAUUUACCGGUUAUUAAAUAGUCCCACAUUGAUUAUCGUAGAAAUGGACCAAGAUGGGUCCAUUAUCUACCUGACAAUCCCUAAAAAUUAACUCCGUAUAAUCCCCACAUCGAUCAUUAUAGAAAUGAAGGUGCUGCCAUCACAUGAAUGGCCACCCGGAGUUGACUUUUCUGAAGUGAAUGGAAGCGCUUUAUUCAAUUCACGAGCCCACUUUUGUGCAGGAUGCCGUGAAGGAUAUCGAGUAG